AUGAUCUUGGACGACUUGUUUUAUUUCUGUUGUGGAGUCAGCAGUGGUUUCCGAGUACCUGGUGCUCUUCUUGAUGCCGCUGUUGAUUCUCUCGAACCAGAAAUUGUCGUCGAUCAGUCCAACAGCAGCUUGACUGCGCCAUCUUUUGCCUUCGCCAAACCUCUUGUAGGUAUGGCCUUAUUGGCAGCCUUGGCGCUUGCUGUGUGCUGGAUGUAUGGAAUGUCUGAACGAAGAUCUGAUGAAAUGGAAAAAUGUAUGGAAAGCGAACGUAUAGAUGAGUAUGAUAGCGAGGAUGACGAUGAAACCGAUAUGAGCGAAUGUGAGGAUGACGAUGAAAUGAAUUUGAGCGAAAGUGAGGAUGACGAUGAAAUGCAUUUGAGCGAAAGUGAGGAUGACGAUGAAACCAGCAUGAAUGAUAGUGAAGAACACCUUGAAUCUGAUUUGAGCGAGAGUGAGAAUGAACUGGAAACUGAUGUGAGUAGAGUGUCUAGACUGGAAGACAGUCUAGAACUGAAAGAUCUGGAAGACGGCGACGCGGAACUGGAAGAGACCACCGAAACUGAACAACUGGAAAGCACCGAGGAGGAAGCAGACCUGCCCACACUAUAUCAAGAACAACCAGAUGUAGAAAUGCAAAAGUUGCAAGAAUCCCUGGAAAAGAGUCAGGUUAACGGCACUAGAAUGGAACAGCUCUUGAAGGAAGCAGGAAAGACGAUAGAGCGGAUUCAAAAGGAACUUGAGGGCAAGGAUAUUCUACUGGAAAAGAGGGCAGACGACACAGCAGCGAUGAAUAGACAAAUCGAGAGCGUCUGCCUUCAAAAAGAACAAGUUCUGACUGAAAACCGUCGCCUACAACACGACCUGGAACUGGCUCUGGAACGAGGAGAGAAGGCAGAUAACUUUAACAAAGAACUGAUGGAGCAAAUAGCGUCUCUGGAGAGACGACAAGAGGAGACUGAAAACUUGCUCAAGAAAAGGGACGAAGACGAGACGGAAAUGAAAAGGCUCUUCCAGAAAGAGAUGGUCGACAAAGAAAGAGAUCUGCAGUGCGCUAUAGAGAAAGAAACUGAAAUGAGCCUCAAACUAGAAAAGAUAGAAACUUUCAAUCAAAUUCUUGACGCAGAGAAUGAAGAUUUGAUGAGGCUCGUAGUAGACUACAGGGAGGCCUUAGACCAGAAGGAGAGGAAGGUCGACCAUCUGCAAGAAUUACUGGCACAUCAAGCGACAGAGUCUGAGAACGACAAACAGAAACUGACGACUCUGGCAGUGCAAAUGACGGCCAUUGAAGGCACUGUAGAAGAACUGGAAAACCAACUGAUGGCCAUUCAAGAGAACCAAGAAACUCUCCAAGGAAAACUCGAGCUCACUGAAUCUGAAAACUCUACACUUAGGGAGGUAGCAGCUGACCUAAAAGAUAGAAAUUGUGAGCUUGAGAAAAACCUGGCAGACGAAACCCACAAGAACUUGGUACUAGAAGAUCAAGUUCAGUUCCUAGAAUCAGUUUUGCGCCAAAAAGACUCUCAGUUGACAUCUGCAUCAGAAAUUCUAAAUGCAGAAAGAGCAAAAACUGAGAUUAUGGCACAAGAACUACAAGUGAUGAGGAACUGGGUCGCAGAACUAGGAGGGGAGAACGCCACGCUUCAGGAUGACGUAAUCAAAACCCAACUGAAAAUAAAUUCACUUCUGAAGUCUUUAAGCAAGGAAAAACAGAGGAACAGAAAUCUCCAGGAUGCUCUCCAUCAUGGGAAGGAGAUCGAAAACUUGCUGAAAGAAGAAAAAAAGAGAGGAAAUGAGAUGGCGACUUCCCUGAGAACCUUCAAAGUAGACCUCAAUAACAGGGACCUCCAAAUUGAAAACCUCCUAAACAUGGAGAAGAAAUUGAUAUGCGAAAAAGAAGAACUUAUCGAGGAACUAGGCCUCGCUCUCAGUCACGGCAAGGAACUGGACACCUUACUGGAGGAGGCAGGCCAGAAGGCGACAAAACUCGAAAACAAUUUCCAGGAAGAGGUCCUUAAAAGGGAGGACCAAUUGAGAGAUCUCUUAGACAAAGAGAAACAACUCAGAGCUGAAAAGCUAGAGUUGGAAGACAGAUUAGAAAAUGCUCUCAAUCUUCUAAUUAAAGAACAGCAGGAAAAUGUAAACUGGCAGGAAACGUUACAAGAAAGGGAAAAAGAAGUAGAGACGCUUAGGAAAGAUGAAAAAGACCAUCAAGAACAGAGGAAGGAGAUGGAGAACAAACUGCAGGAAGGUGAGAAAGAGCUCCAGCAACUUAGAACGGAAUGUGAAAAUCUGAAAGAAAAUUGGAGGAUCCAAGAGGAAAAGAUGAUAAAGGAACAACAGCGUCUCAUGGAGCGCCAAAGGAGACAGGAAGAGGCUCUGAGGGAACAGGACAAAUACAUGCUAAUGACGCUUCUCCACGGGACAGCUCAGAGGAACUUCCAUCUGCACCACAUUGCAAUGCAACAUGGAACUGAAACUCUGGACAGCAUCAAUGAAAAGGAGAAGCAAGAUGAGGACCUGUGGUUGAGGAAGGAGAAACAACACAGGAAAUACUGCGAUACCCAGCAGGAUAGGACCAACUACCCGAAACAGUGGGACGUCCUCACUCAGACGUUGACGGAACUCACUCGUAGAGAUUCUGAUGAGAACUGUGAGAUUUCCGGAAAACGCGAUGACAAAACUUGUCAUCAAAGCAGUGAAAGAUGA